GUGCAGAUUUGCCACUAUUUCCAGCAGAGGGCGCUAGUGGUCCACGAAAGGGUGUGACUACCUAUAGAACAGCUGGAACAUUUAUCAUAGUGCUACGAGUUAUCUAUACUUUAUGUAAUACAGGUUAACGAUUUCUUAAAGGUGCAAACAUCCUCUCUAUAUAUAAAGUCUGCCCAGUCCCGUCAGUGCUGCUCCUCGUCAAGCCUAUUACUCAACUAAGCCAACACCCAGCACAAUGAAGGCUGCCUUCUGCCUCAUUUUCCUCACUUUGUUCGUGGCCAGCCAUGCCAAAGUCUUCACCAAAUGUGAGCUGGCCAAAGCCCUGAAAACCGCUGGUCUUGAUGGAUACUAUGGCUACAGUCUGGCAAACUGGAUGUGUAUGGCCUACUAUGAAAGUCGCUACACCACCAACGCCAUGUACGACAAUGGCUGGAGCCGAGAUUAUGGAGUCUUCCAGAUCAACAGCUACUGGUGGUGUAAUGAUGGAAAGACAUCCGGAGCCGUGGGUGCUUGUAGCAUCAGCUGUAGCAAUUUGAUGAAUGACGACAUCAGUGAUGACAUUACAUGUGCCAAGAGGGUUGUCAGAGAUCCCAAUGGCAUGGGGGCCUGGGUGGCUUGGAACAAUAACUGCAAGAACAAGGAUGUGAGCAGCUUUGUCAGUGGAUGUGUUCUGUGAGGUGUAGAAGUAGACCCCAUGGCGGUACCUUCAAAUCACCCAGAAAGUCUUUCAGAUUAUGGAUGACUUGUAUUUUAACAUUAAUUGAU